AUGGCAAAUGAAGCGUGUGACUCAUGUGAUGAAAAUGGGAACAUUCUUUAUCAAGAUCCUCAAGUUACUCCAUUAGGAUGUUAUGUUUUUGAUAAUAGUUCUGUUAUUGACACUUUUAAUGGUCUUGCAACGUUGAACAGCCCAAAAAGACCUGGUUUAGUAUUUAAUGACCCUUACACCUAUCAAAUUAGAAUGAAUUUGGGUCAUUGUUUGAAACGUUGUAUAGAUUUUAAAUUUAAUUAUGGAGCUUUGGAGGGUGGUGUCAACUGCCGCUAUGGAUAUGCAAAUGCUCUUCAGUCUUAUAUUAAGGAUGAUGACAAAAAGUGUAAUAUGUACUGUACCACUGCUACCUUUACUGGCAAUGUAACUUAUCCAUGUGGAGGGAAAGAUGCUUACACAGUUUAUAAAGUAGCAGUGCAUUUAAAUUACACUCCACCUUACAAUAUCACUCUUGAAGAGAAACUCGAUAUAAUGCAUAAUGUUAAUAAGGAUAAAAUUAAAUAUUCUCGCUACAAAGGAUGUUAG